UUAUUCCCCACCAAAAUGAGGACUAGUUUCCAGAUAUAGAAUUGGAAAAAAUUAAGCAAAUUUAUUUCCAGUUGGGACGCAGCAUUACAAAGUAGGCUAUUAGAAUUAUACUUUUACUUAUAAAACAGCCAGAUUAUUUUUUUUAAGUGGAUAGCUACUUUUCCACAUGCUGGUGGCCAAAGCUGAGAGAUAUGGGCAAAAGAAAAAAGCUCAGUGUACUUUUAAGUAUAGGUGAAGCUCCCAACCACAGUAUAUUUCUAUUCAAAAGAUAAAAAAGCAACCCUGACAUCUUUGGGGUGAUUUAUAUCUUCAGAAACCUCCCAGAGGACUCCAUUAAAACCCAACUGAAGGUGAUUGACUGACAGAUAAGGGGUCCACGGGUUGAUGGUCUUACCAAAACAGCAACCACACACACAUGUCAACAGAGUGGGCAUUAAAGCCUAACAGGCCACAAAGUCCCCAUCUCCUCUUCAGAGCAAUGUACACCCUCCGCUCAAACCACAGUGCUCUGCACAAGGUCGCACAAGUUUGCAGGAGAGGCAGACGGCAACUUAAAAGGAAAGGAGAGGGGAAAGGAAGUCAGCUUAAAGAAGGUAAACCACACACUCUACCCAGAAGUGAUGAUGAAGGUGCACAGGUUCACAGAGCGAAACAAGACUCUGAAAUGAAAAGUGUGCGCGAGAGAGGGCUCAUGUGGGAACCCCCUGUUUUUGAGAUAUUUCACUGAAUUUGACUUGCAAGAUUUGCAGAAGCAAGACCACCCACUGGUGUACACACCCCAGCUUCAAUCACACAGAGGGUGGGAGAGAGACAGAGAUAAGGGGAAAGGAGUGAGCAGAAAGAGGAAGGAGCAAGUUUCAUAUCAGUGUUUCUCUUUUGGGUUUAUCACAUAAUAAUGCGCUUGGAGGAACAUUACUGCCUUGGGCUGGCUGUUACUGGACAAUGACGGGAGCUUUUCUCAGCAUCAUGAGGGCUAAUCGAUGCUGGACCAUCCUCCAUGUGUCCAUCUUGGUUGGGCUGCUCCUCACCUUAAAUGCUCAGAGUGACUCUGACUGUUCUACAGAAAUUAGAGUACGUCGCAACACAGUUUAUAAUGCAUCAGCUGGACAACAACUUUGGAUUAAUUGCCCAGUAUUUUUUUGCAAUGAUUCACCAACAACAGUCACCUGGUAUAAAGUUGAGGAAGCUAUUGUCCCCGUCGAUGUCAGCGGUGACAGUCACAUUAAAACAGAUUUGAAACCUUUAAACAAAUCAGUAUGGAUCUUCUAUUUGAUCUUCCAGAACAUUCUCAGACAUGACUCUGGUCAGUAUCAGUGUCAAGGUGGAGGGAGUAUGGGUCAUGCCAUCACUGUCAAUGUCUAUGAUCAUGCUGAAAUUACCACUAUUACACAGAAUAAUCUCACAGUCAGCACGACUGCUCCUGACAAUACAGAAACCUUGUUGCCAUACGUGUACUCUGCUGCUGGGAUCGCCACAUUCGUCAUCAUAGUCAUAAUCAUAUCUGUCAUAUCAAUGCGAGGCUGUAAAGGGAAGCCAAAGAAAGACAGUCAAGCUGAAAAUCAGUACAUGCAGAUCCCCAUGGUGGAGCGACCUCUUCCUCAACCCAGCUUGGAGCCCUCACAGAGAGGAAGCCCCUAUGCUGCACCAUCUCGGAGAUCUACCAAGAGGAAAACUCCACCAAGGCAGCCCAAUGAGUUUAGAUUAUCAAGAGAUAAUGAGCAGGCUUAUGGGCCGAGUCAUGUGGGCAGAGAGAGACAGAGGAACACCGUGGAGGAGGAGAGCGGCUCUGUUGUGUAUGCUGCUCUUAACCACGAGCUGCCUCAGCGGGUUAAUCGGCCACGGAUGGAGGUGGAAGAGACCUCAGAGUACGCAGCCAUCCGUUUGGCAUAAAGACUAAGAACUGCUUGACUAAAUCACACUAGAGGACAACUGAUGAAUAUCUGAAGCUGGUGUAACUCCACCAGAGGAGACCUGAAGGACAGUUAGAAGGGAAUGCAGAGACUCGAAGUAAAGAGUGUGGAUACCAAAAACACAACUCAUCACUUCUGUAAAAACUGCUCUUUGAUCUUUGAGUUAUACCGCACAGACCAUCACACCUUGUUUACCUGAGAUCCUGAAGACUUGUUAAUAAUUUAAAUAGCAGAAUCAGCACCCUCACAUUUUGGUCAAUAUUUAAAAGCCUACAAGCUUUCAUAAGUGUUUUUACUCUCGCUGAUUAUGCCUCUGCUCAGUUUGGGAUUUAGCAGAGUUAUGCUGAGAUUCUUCACCAGAUGUCAUGUCACUUACAAUGGGUACACUAACAAGAGCUGUGUUAGAGCAUGUUUGAUAUAUAUGGGCACAAUGUCUCAGCACAGACAAUACCACCCAGUGUACCUAGCAAAUUACACCUACAACGUCAAUCAACCAUAAAAUACAACCUGUGCCAAGCAAACUGCAAAGAGUAUGGUCUGAGCACACACAUCACAUUGUGUUUAGAUUUAAAGCUGUUAGGGAUUCUAACACCAAAGCUGUUGCCUCAAAUGGUGCUUAAUAGAAGCAUUUUGUGUCAUGUGGCAUCAUAAGCAGUCAUCUCCAGGGCUGAAAAAUGACAGAGGUGCCAAAAACUGCAGUUCCUCAAAUGUCCACUUGAGGUUGACUACAAAAGUCAAUCCUUGUAGUUAAAAUGUCCAAGUUUACACCAGGAAUAACAUAGCAGCAUGUCAAAAAGUAAAGGCUUGAAAAUAAUACCAAACUAGCUGGUAAUAUCAGUCAGCAUUACUUAUUUCUGUAGGUUACUCCUGUGCAGAGAUGGGCAGUAACGCGUUACUUGUUACUUGUAACGCGUUACUGUAAUCGAUUAC